CUCUGCCAUGGGUUCCCUCAGCAGGGUGUCGAGAGACGAGGCGCACGAGUCGUCUCUGGUGGAGAAGGCCAAGUUCUACACGUCGCUGUGCCUGGGCACCGUCGCCGUCGUCUCGGUCUUCGUUUUCCUCUUCCUGAUCCCGUUCGUCGUCGACCCGGCGGUGUCGACCAUCGUGGCGGACUACGACCCGGAGCCGGUGACGUGCGCCACGACGGAGCACGUGUACGCCGAGGGGCUGCACAACUGCUCGUGGGCCUCCUGCCGCGAGGGCUGCACGUCCGCGGCGCCGCGCUGCCACCAGAUCCUCGUCAACUACAGCCGCCGCGCGUUCGCUGCCGGCGCAGACCCGCCCGCCGACUGGGACGUGGUCAACACGCGCUUCUUCGUGAACGCAGAGGGCUGCGGAUACCCACCCAAGGUUAACUGUACGGUUUUUGCCAAGCAGUAUGGUGAAGUUGGGAAACAACCAUUUCCUUGUUACUACAGCCGCACCUAUCCAGAGAUGGUUGUUGCACAGUACAGUUGGGAAGAUAACUUACGUCAGCUAAUAUUGUCACUUCUCAUACCAAAUUUGAUAUUUGGUGUGUCAGUGGGUGUUUUGUGCUACUGGUACUGUCCUGGUUGUGGCAAUGGUUGUGGCCAGAGUGCCAAUAAAUUCCCAUGCAAGGAGGAGUGAGUACCUAACAUGUACAUUCACCAUUUGAGAAGUCUAAUGUUACAUGAAUCUAAACUGUUGCUUGUGAUAACUUCAACUUGUGCUGAUAACUUGAUGCUUCUUUUUGUCACUGAAUGAAAUAAAUAAUACAUUAUAAAAAUUUUGAAGUCAGGAUAUUUUUCUUGGAUACUGUUGAGAUAUAUUAUAUUAAAUGGCUUUGAAUAAAUAAGAAAGGACAGUAGUGAACCAACUGCUGAUACAGCUUACAGCUCAAGUUAUGAGUUCAGGAUUAGUACUCGAGCACCCAUAAACAAUUAAAGAGAAAGUUUUGUGCUUGUCUGGCAGUAAAUUAGAGAAACGUUUGCUGUUCUUCAUGAUUCUUUCUUCAUAUUCUUACAAAUUACUUCACUGUUAGCUAGAAAUAAUUUUUUAUACUCUACCUUAAAAUUGUUAAAACAAUUUUUAAAUUAUGUUACGUUGCAAGAAUAGUAUCAGUUCCAGUUCUGUAUGUAUGUAAAUGUCCAGACUUUGUACUUCAGAAAUGCAUGGAUAAUUGUGAUAUGUACUGUAAGAAUGUAAAGUCCCUUAUGCAAGUUUAUACACAACAGUGCAAUUUGGGGAAAACAAGAUCUGCACUUAUCAUUUUAAAUUAAAUACAGAAUGGCAAACAGAAUAAAAAUAGUCAAUAGUAUUUUUAGCUUUUAAAUUAAUAAUUUUCUUCUAAAAAGCUAGAAGAGUAAUAUGUUAACACUGCACACCUCCUUCAACUUCAGAUAUGUUUCAAAUUCUAUCCUUCAUUUCAGUCACUGAGGAUAAUCUCCUCAGUCCAAAACAAUUAUUGAUUGCUUUUAGUGUGUUUGAUUUAUGAUCAGGAUUUACAACAUUAACAGGAAUAAAGAUCUGUUUUCCUAAAAUUGUGUGUUUCCCAUACUGUAUUUUCCAAUAUUAAACACACAAAAUAUCGCAUGUGGUAUUUGUCAAAACCUAUCCAAAUAUUUAAUUACAGUGUAACACAA